ACCCAAAUAUUUUGGCGCCGGUAACAAACUUAGAAUGCGAUUCUUGCAUAAAAACUCGUAUCAUGCUUCAAGUUUCUUUAUUUGACAACAAAAAUUAUCUAAUCUUCGAUUCAUUAUUACACUGGCAAAUCAAAACUUCAAAUUAAUUUAGCUCUCUUGAACAGCACGCACUCAAUUUUUCCAGGCGACGCGAGAAGAUAAUUUGUUAAUUUCGAGGGAUUUCCUGUAAAACUGAUGUUCUGGAACAUUGAAAGCCAAGUUGAAGCUAUGUCCUACAUUGUUAUCGGCUUGUGACAUUUCUCCAUAGCCAAGGGAAGUGUAGCAAGUGGCUUUACCAUGGAGAGCUUGGAAGAUGAAAAAGAUGGUGGCUUUGAAGCUUCCAUUCCCAAGGAAUUAGGCCAUCCUAUAGUCUCUAAUGGUACCAAAUUUGUAGAUGAAGUUCUUAAAGGUCCAAAUGAACUUUGCUUGGAGAAUUUUCGCAUGGAUAAACUUGUAUUCUACAAGCUGUGUGAUAUGUUACAAACCAGAGGGCUACUACGUCACACAAAUAGAAUUAAGAUUGAGGAGCAGUUAGCAAUAUUUAUGUUCAUAGUUGGUCAUAAUCUACGGACUCGAGCAGUUCAGGAGCUCUUCAGAUACUCAGGUGAAACCAUUAGUCGUCAUUUCAACAAUGUUCUGAGUGCAAUUAUGGCUGUCUCAUUAGAUUUCUUUGAGCCUCCGAAUUCUGAAGUUUCACAAGAAAUUCGAGAGGAUCCUCGAUUUUUCCCUUAUUUUCUGAACUGUGUUGGAGCAGUUGAUGGCAUACAUUUCCCAGUGACAGUAGGUGUAGACGAGCAAGGACCUUUCCGAAAUAUGAAUGGUUUUCUUUCGCAAAAUGUUUUGGUAGCAUGCUCAUUCGACAUGAAAUUCCAUUAUGUUCUUGCUGGAUGGGAAGGCUCUGCCCCAGAUAUGCGGGUCCUAAAUUCAGCUCUAACUAGGCGUAACAAACUCGAAGUACCUGACGGUAAAUAUUACCUCGUGGAUGGCAAAUAUGCAAAUAUCCCUGGAUUCAUUGCUCCAUAUCCUGGAGUCUCUUACAGUCAUCUUGAAUUUGGUGGUGGCUUCCACCCACGAGAUGAUAGAGAGCUCUUCAAUCAGCGCCAUUCCAUUUUGCGCAAUGUUACUGAUCGUACUUCUGCUGCCUUGAAAGAACGUUUUCCUAUUUUAAUGUCGGCUCCUCCUUACCCUUUGACAACGCAAGUGAAGCUAGUAGUAGCAGCAUGUGCCCUACACAAUUACAUUCGUGGAGAGAAGCAUGAUGACUGGAUUUUUCAAAUGUAUGAACAGGAAUCCGUGUUACAACUUGAAGAUCCAAUGCCACCUCUAGAAAUCGAACAGCCGUAUGUACCUGCUGAAACACAACUUUCGGACGUCUCUUUUGGAACAGAAGAAUUAGAAGAUGCUUCACAAUUGCGAGAUUCUAUUGCAACUGAGAUUUGGAAUGAUUAUAUUCGAGAUUAUGCCAUUAUCGAUACUGUUGUAUAGUCUGGGUAAUCAGUUAGCUUUUAAACUUAUUUUUGCUAUUGAAAUCUUUUAUUGUUGCAGCCCUGUGAAGUUUGACAAUUUCAACAUAUAUAGAUGGAUUUUCCAUUCUUUUUUU